AUGGCGGCCAUACGCCCCAUGACUCCGAUGGAUUUGCUGAAGUUCAAUCCCUGCAAUCUGGAUCAUCUGACCGAGACUUACAACAUUGGAUUCUACCUCGAAUAUUUCACGAAAUGGCCACAUCUGUGCAAAGUCAUCGAAGGCUCGAAUGGACAGAUCGAAGCGUACAUCCUUGGCAAGGUUGAGUCUUCGCCUUAUCCAGCGCCGGUAGAACCAUAUGACCCAGGCAUGAAGAUAUACCAAAAGAAAUUUCCAAACUAUCUACCAUGGCAUGCGCAUAUCACAUGCUUGACAGUGGCGCCUUCAGCACGGAGACUAGGCUAUGCAACGAAGCUCUCAGAGGCGGUUGAGCGCGUCGGCGACCAAGAGAAUGCUUGGUUUGUGGACCUUUUCGUCAGGGUUGAGAAUGAGGCAGCCAUCAAGCUCUACAAGAAAAUGGGCUAUUCUGUCUAUCGCCGCAUCACUGACUACUACAACGAUGGGAGCGAUGCUUACGACAUGCGCAAGCCCUUGAAGAGAGACAAGGCUCGGAAGACCGUCAGAUCGAAUGGUGAGAACAUCAAGGUGGAUCCAUCCGAAGUCUGGUGA